UAAUCUUGGGCCCCACCGAUCAUCUUCGUCACUACUGUUUCAACUUUGCCCUAAAACAGACAUGAGUUUUGUAACUAUGAUAAUUGGCUCAAAAUAUUGUCAUAUCUCACUCUGUCAAUCUAACAAUAACUCUGAGACAAAGCUCUUCAACAGGCAUGGAUGUUGGUGAUGGUGGGCCCUUCUAUGGAUGCCACGUUGGACCACAAGAUACGACGAUAAUGAACCGGAUAAUGUUAAGAUUCCGGCCGAUUGCGCCGAAACCGGUCGCCGACGGUUCAGGUCCUGAUUCUAAACCGGAGAGUGAAAAGGCGGAACCGGUUAGCAGACGAAGAGGGAAGAGAAAGUACGUUAGAGUUAAGAAAAAUAGGAAGUGUAACAAUAGUACAGAGAAAGAAGAAAGAAAAGACGGAUCUGAUAAUAAUAAUGGAUCUAUUGUAACCCUUCAGUUGCUUCCUGAGAGUAGCAGCAGCGUUACAAACCCGACAGAUAACGUUUCUUUUCAAAAAGAAAUCUCUUUCUCUGAGCUAGAUCAACCCCAAUGGAUGAGUUUUCACGAAUAUGAUAAUAAUGGUAUCUCCGCCUUCAGUUCACCGGAUCAGUUAGAUCUGAAGGUGGCUAUGCAGACACCAAAAAAGGUAGAAUCUUGGGUGAUGGUGGAAGGCAUGACAAAAAUGUUUGUAGAUCGAGAAGCUUUAGGAAGUACAGACACAGAGAAGAUGAAGAAUCUAGAGACAGACACCUGUCCAGGGUUGAUAUCUGAUGCCCAAAAUAGGGUGAAGUGGGUGAAUCCGGCAUAUCGGAGAAUGGUGGAUCCCCUAGAAGACGGAGGAGCACCGGCGGAGAUGAUGGUGAGGUUGGUUGUGAGGAAGGAGGAAAAAAGUGAAGAGUUGCCAGCUUUUGCAUGCAUUGUGAGGGUAGUGUAUACAUUGAAGAAUAAGAAGAAUUCACGAACAAUACCGUGUGAUGUGUGGAAGAUGGAGUUUGGAGGGUUUGCAUGGAGAUUUGAUACUAUAACUGUACUUAGUUUGGGUAGUUAAAGGAACUAAACCCUUUCCCAAGCAAAGAAAGAAUACUCUCAAACCAGUCAGGUAAUCUAAUAUAUUUCAAGGCUCAAACUCGAGACUUAUAGAUAUAAUCAGUUCCACUACAAUGCUUGGUAGUAGCAUAUAUAUCUACUAAAAAUCACGGAACCGUGGUGCAUAAAAUCUAGCUCAAGAUGAUGCACUUUAAUUUCUUGUUCGAAGCUUUAUAUAUAAAAGUUUGGGGACAUUAUAGAAA